AUGGAAAAGCUACCUGUGGAAGUACACACGCUCGUUGCCAAACAAGUCACAUCGCGCAAUGAUCUUGCGUCUCUACGCGGCGUCUCAAAACACUGGAGAGAUGUCACUUCUCCCGUUCUAUUCGAGACCUUGGUCAUCGAAACAAAUGAAUGGCGUAUGGGAAAACUAGACUGGAGGCCUUACGACUCUUUGAAAGAAACGACGUUCGAGUGCCUCCAUUUGGUCAGGCAUUUCAAGAUACAUGCAGUCUUCCAUAGCAGACUCGAAGAUCGUUGCCCUCACGGCGUUUUUCCAGGAGGCAAAUAUGAGUGGGAAGAAGAUGGUGUUGACGCGUUGAGAAUCGAGAUGUUGCCCUUACUAGCGCAGCUCAAACCUAGGGCUCUCCGUAGCUUUCGUUGGGAUCUAGGGUGUUGUAUGCCCAAAGAAAUACUUGGAGUUGAUGGCCAUCUACAACGAGAGCAGCCGGAGAUCGAGUCACUAUCCCUCAAUACAGGAGCUCCGACCGACAGAAACUUUGUGUUUAAAGAUGGAGACUACACCAUUCCACCACCAGCGCCUCUGAUGCUUGAUGGCUUUCGACGUCUUCGAAGCUUCUCCUGGACAGGUGCUAGACUGGCAUCAGAGUUAGAGUCCUUGCGUGUCUUUCUUGCGGCAAACAGAAGUAUCCUCGAAACGCUGGAAUUGGACUUCAUUGAUCGGAAUUCAGUGAACCAUGCCUGUCAAACACGGCUGGCGAGUGACGACCCCCGCGUGUUUACUACACACGUCUUACCUCUUUCGCCAGAUCCAUCCAUCAACUCCUUUCCCGCGCUUACCACUCUCUCGCUCUCGGCCGUCUGUCUGCCGUUGAACCUUGAUGCGACCGUUUUGGCAUUCGACUUCGGCCGACUACGCGCUUUGAAAAUCCACAGGUGCAAAGACACACACCUUCUACUACGAGCUAUCGUCCAUGCUGCCCAGUCCCUCAAGCUCGAAUCCCUAGACCUUAUGAUGGAGGACUUCGCUACCAAACAGGAUUGGGGAGGUUCAGGCUUGACAGCAUUUCUACAGUCGUUCAACAGCCUCCAGCAACUGUACCUCUCGAUUACGCCAUCAGGGGAGAUAACGACAGAACAAUAUUUCGAGUCGAUACUAUGCCAUGCGUCGACCAUGAAGAGACUAGUGUACCACGAAAUGGCCUUCUAUCACCCGGAGUCUGAAUACCCGACUCAAGAUAAAAAUCUGACUCUCGCAACCCUAGAUUUGGGCUACGGUUCGACAGGGGCGAUGCACCGUUUUAUGCAACAGUCAGGUCUUGAGAGCUUGGGAUGCUGCGACUCGCUCUCUCAGCUACGACAAAUACUGGAGUCUUGCACCUCUACGCAGAGCUUGAAACUUCUCCAUAUCAGACGUUCGAAGUAUGGUUUUGAACCAUUGCUCCGAGACGACAUGAUUCAAUGGACCGUGAAGGGGGUUGUUGAGCCCGUGGGGCCGGAGAAUCACUCGGCGCAAGCCAUCGCGAAUUUUGAGCUGUUCGACUUCGUCCGGUGGGCUUUCGGUUCCAGAGGUUUAUCGAAGCUCCGGAUCUUGGCGUUUGGAGACUUUUCCUAUGAUGGCCGCUUCGGGGACAAGCGCCUUUUGUUCUGCAGGCAGCGUAUAGGUUCACCCCAUGGAUUUCGGCUGGCAUCAAGGGAAAACGUGAUCAGUCUGGGCGGCAUCGAUGAACCUUUUGACUUCCUCUGCGCUUGUCCUAAUGACCCGCUCUAUCCAAAAUAG